AUGUCCCGCUCAAACCCUCCAAAUGCGGGAGGCUCUCGCAAGAUUUCGUUUAAUGUCAGCGAGCAAUACGACAUUCAAGAUGUUGUGGGUGAAGGUGCAUACGGAGUCGUUUGCUCCGCGAUACACAAGCCGUCCGGACAGAAAGUUGCUAUCAAGAAGAUUACGCCAUUCGAUCAUUCCAUGUUUUGUCUUCGGACAUUGCGCGAAAUGAAACUCUUGCGCUACUUCAAUCACGAGAACAUCAUCUCCAUUCUCGAUAUCCAGAAGCCUCGUGGUUACGACACAUUCAACGAGGUCUAUCUCAUCCAGGAAUUGAUGGAGACUGAUAUGCACAGAGUCAUCCGGACACAGGAUCUCUCCGACGACCACUGCCAGUAUUUCAUCUAUCAAACCCUGCGCGCCUUGAAAGCAAUGCAUUCAGCAAACGUCUUACACAGAGAUCUGAAGCCUUCGAACCUACUCCUCAAUGCCAACUGCGACUUGAAAGUCUGUGACUUUGGCCUGGCCAGGUCAGCUGCAUCUCAGGAGGACAAUUCCGGAUUUAUGACGGAAUAUGUCGCAACUCGAUGGUAUCGUGCACCAGAGAUUAUGUUGACAUUCAAGGAGUAUACAAAGGCCAUUGAUGUUUGGUCUGUGGGUUGCAUCUUGGCCGAGAUGCUUAGUGGGAAACCUUUGUUUCCAGGGAAAGACUACCAUCACCAGUUGACCCUGAUUCUCGACGUCCUCGGCACCCCCACCAUGGAAGACUAUUAUGGCAUCAAGUCGCGGCGUGCCAGAGAGUAUAUCCGGUCUCUGCCGUUCAAGAAGAAGGUUCCAUUCAGAACUCUAUUUCCAAAGACUUCCGACUUGGCACUUGAUCUCCUCGAAAAGCUACUGGCUUUCAAUCCUGUCAAGCGUAUAACUGUUGAAGAGGCUUUGAAGCAUCCAUACCUAGAGCCGUACCACGAUCCCGAGGACGAGCCAACCGCACCCCCGACCCCUGAAGAAUUUUUUGAUUUUGACAAACACAAGGAUACCCUGAGCAAAGAACAACUAAAACAACUGAUUUAUCAGGAAAUUAUGAGAAUUUUAUUGCCCACUGGCCUGCGUUAUCGGGCAAGGGGAAGUCCGAGGGGGAGUAGAUACUCUCAUGUGUGCCGGACUAGCAGGCGGGAGACCAACUGA